AUGAUGAUGAUGAUGAUGACCAAGUAUCUUGUGCUGACACUUGUGGUGAUCUCUAGUCGGCCAAUCUCGAUUUACGCCGAAAAGGAGCUGAUGAUGAGGGAAUGCCGCAAUGCACAAUUCCCGACCGUAUGCAUGCAAUGUCUCGAAUCAGACCCAGCCUCCGUCGUUGCCGGCUCUGUUGCCAUCGCCGGGAUCGUCAUAAACUGUCUCGACUCUCACCUCCAUACCCUCAUCAAGCAAGUUUUCUCUUACAUAAUAAUAAUAAAAAUAAUACUCACAUACAGCGACUUUUUUAUUUCGCCUUGCAACAUUACGGAACUAUUGUCAAAGAAAGUAAAAGGUCAUGAUGAAAUGAAGGCAGCUCUGAAGGAUUGCAAAAAGGACUUGUUGGUUGCUAUGACAUUAGUGCCCGAUGCCAAAAACUGUCUGGAAGCCGGUGACUACAACAAAGCCGGACAGUCGAUACAGCUUGCGCUUGGCUUUCCUCUGCAAUGUAGAGAAAAUCUCGAAACUUCCAAGUUUCAGUUUUCCCCAUCUUUUAGGCAAAUCAUCACUAUCUAUGCCCAACUCUCGGUUGCUGCUAUGCGCAUUAUCGAUCGUUUCUAA